AUGGCGUCUUUAUCGAUAUCCUCGMUCUUUUCUUUCUUUUCUGGAGAACAGAAAUCGAUAAAUCGAGGAGAAAACCACUUGAAAUCAAACCACGUGGAAAGCUUUAUCUAUUCAGGUGGAAUUAUCAAAGGUGAAGUUAAAGCAAGCAUGAAAGAUAAGAUCUACAAAGUCACAAUUUAUCUCGAUGAAAACCUGAAAAUAACAAGCACGGAGUGCGAAUGUCCUCGCGGCGAGUUUAAGUGCAGUCACGCGGCGGCCAUGUUUAUGUAUGGCAUACACAAUCUCAGUAGAACCGAUGUGGAGUGUCAAUGGAAGCGAAAACGACAAGCAGAAACUGUGCAAUCUGUUGAUGAACUGUUUCCUAUGCCACCGAAAAAGAAAGACUAUAGACCUUUAGCGCGUGAUCCGAGCGGAGAAGAUCGAAUGUGGCUGUACAACGAACUGAAACGCUACGGCAAAUUUACUGGCACAUGCUGGAUCUUGAGUCCCGAACCACAGGCUCCUGCUCCGCUUCCAAUCAAUACCAUCGAUGAUAUUAUUUUCUCAGAGAGAUUUCUUAUGGCCUCUACGACUGAAGAACAACUARAAGUGCUGAUAGAGAAUGCUAAAAUUGAUGAGAAUGUAAUCAAUCUGGUGAGCUCUCUCACAGCUGGACAAAGGAACAAUCCUACAUGGCACCUAGACCGAAGGAAUCGUCUAACAGCCAGCAAUUUUGGCUCUGUUCUCCAUGCAAAGAGAAUCACUGCAUCCCUCAUAAAGCGUCUUCUUGGAGACUACAAUUUAAGUGGAGUAAAAGCAAUUGCAUGGAGACAGGACAAUGCGACUGAGGCUCUGAAAGCCUUUGAGAAGAUAACUGGUCUGACACCUGUACAGACAGGCCUAUGGUUGCAUGAGUCUGGGGUUCUGGGUGCUUCCCCAGAUGGACUUGUUGGAGAUGACUCAGUAAUUGAGUGCAAGUGUCCUUACACGCAUCGGAAUGAGACCAUUAAAGAAGCAUGUAAACACAAAGACUUUUAUUUGAAGGAGACGGACAAUGGUCAGUACACCCUGAGCACAACUCACAUCUACUGGCAUCAGUGCCAAGGCCAGAUGUUUCUAACAAAGCGCCAGUAUUGUUACUUUUUAGUGUGGACCACUAAAGACACUGUGGUCAUUAAGAUUAGGAGAGACGAUUCAUGGAGGCAAAAUAUUGCUAUCCUGAGUGACUUUUAUUUUCACCAACUUUUUCCAAAAAUUGUAGAUGGAGAACUUUGAGGUAAUGAGCCCAAUGUUCAGUCAUACAAGUUAAGCAAAAAAAUCUUGCAAAGUAAAAGCUUCCUAUUGACUUUUUGGCUCUGUAGCCUGAUGUGCUAAAAUUGACAAUGACAGGAAACCUUAGCAAAAUAAAACAGUUCCUGUCUUUGCAUUUUUU